GUGCUUCGGUUCCCGUGUGAUCCUAGCCUUAGAUGAGAAUUUAUGUCAAAAAUUAUUUUGAUUUGAUGAUUUCUAAAGUGGAUUAAUUCAAUCGAAAAUAGAUUAUUUAUUAGUUUUAUAUCAAAAAACCAAUCGCCAUAUGUUAUUUAAUACGUAAAAUAAUGGCUCAUUUGCAGUACAUGCCGGGCGAUCCACGCUUAGUUGAUCAAUUAGUUUACGAAUUGAAAUCGAAGGGAAUAUUCGAUCAGUUCCGGAAGGACUGCAUAGCAGAUGUAGACACACGCCCAGCCUAUCAGAACCUGCGGCAGAGAGUUGAGAACUCGGUCACCACCUUCCUAUCAAUGCAGACAUGGCAACCUGAUAUGAACAAGAAUCAGUUGAGAGAGAAGCUAAGAAAACACAUACUGGAUGGUAACUACUUGGAACAGGGUGUGGAAAGAAUUGUUGAUCAAGUAGUCAAUCCUAAAGUAGCAACAGUCUUCAUACCUAAGGUAGAAGACUUAGUAUACAAAGUACUAGGGAUUACAAGAAAGAAGUCACCCUCAGCAGAAACGUCGAAUGAAAAAGUUGAGGAUUUACUGCCAAAUGAUCUGGAAGCUGUUAGUCCUGGAUCUGUCAAAAUUGACGACGACAAAAAUGAAGCUAUGGAUGUGGAUGUUUCACAAGACGAUAAUAUGGAUAUAGAAGACGAAAAAUCUAAAUUAGAAGAAAAACAAGAUAGUAAUAAUUUUGAGUCAGAGAAAGAAAACACACGAGAUAUCCAACUCCCAAAUAACAGGCAAAAUGACGAAGCAGAUAAAAGUAAUAUACCAUUACCAUCAGAAGAAAUAAAACCUGAAAAUAUUCCAUCACCUGAUGCUAGUCCUCCUAAAACGGAACUAGAAAAAAUUGAACUACCAAAAGAACUAAUUAUAUCGACGGAUAUACCACUACCCAAUGAUGUAUGUAAAGAGGAUAAGGAUCAGUAUUUUAAACCUGUGAAUAGUGAAGACGAUGAUUCAAGUUCAGGUUCCUCACUCAGAAGGAACAUGUCUCCUCUAACACCGAUAAGAAACUUUAAUAAUGAAAAUUCCUGCGACGCCCAGCAAGCUUUCGAAAACGAUUCAAGCGAUACUAAAUGUGAAGACAAAAAAGAACCUAGUUCAUUUAGAUUUAAAAUCGAUGCAAAGUCUUCAGAAAACAGUUCAGAUGCCGUAAAAGCUGAAAAGAAAGAAGCAGAGACGUUGUCUUAUCAGUUUAACAGUCAAGUAAAUAUAAACAAUUACAAUACGCCUCUGUACGAGGACAGUUCGAAUAGCAACAAUUUGCACAUUGACUACGAAAGUGAUGUAAAUAGCAAGGUUAACAUUGAAAUUAAGGUUCCAGAAAAUGAUCAUAAUUCAGAAGACUCGAGAAAAGAAAAGAAAACUGAAGAAAAGAAAAGCAGUCACAAAAGUUCAAGUUCACAUCGCUCUAGAGAUGCACAUAAACAUUCAGGUAGUAAGGAUAAACGAUCUAAUUCGAAACAUACUAAUUCAAGAGAUAGUAGCAGACAUGACAGAAGUAAAUCUUCCAAAGAUGAUAUCAAAUCAAAAUCGAGUGAUAAAGAAAAAUCAAAGGAUAAAAGUGAGAAGAAAGAUAGUAGUAGAGAAUCAUCGAGGCAUAGAAGCUCCCACAAAUCGAGUCACAAAGAUUCUAAGUCUCAUAGAAGUUCUAGUUCUAGUGGACGACAUUCCAGUAAACAUUCUGACGAGAAAAAACUAUCAUCGUCAUCAUCAAGUCAUAGAGACAAAGAUAAAAGUUCGGAUAAGAACUCUUCAGAAAAGUCUAAAGAUUCAAAAUCAAGUUCUCAUAAGUCGCAUAAGGAAAGGAAGAGUAGUAGCAGCAGCAGGAAUGAUAAAAGCAGUAGCAAAAAUAAAGAUGCCAAAGAAAAGGAAAAGAAAAGCAAAAAGGAGAACGAUGAUCACUACAGUUUAUCAGGAAGAGGAAAUCCCAACCGGCGAUCGACCGAUAGAGAUUCAAAUGAUGGCAGUUCUUCCUCCAAAGGUUCUCAUAAUCCUACCAAUUCUAAAUCAUCAAACUGUAAAAAAGAUAGUAAAAGUAGUUCAAAAUCCGAGACUACAACUACUAGUGGCGAAUCCACAAGUCCAAGCGAUAAGGAAAAUAGAGUUCAGGAACAACAUAGUAGCAAAACCAGGGAGGCCCUUCAACACAAACCGAUAGUGCGAAUUGAGAGACGUUUAGAAGUCGCAUCUCCUCCAAGAUUGCCAUUUGUACCAGACGUGACUAUCAGGAAGCCGAAAUUUGCCGCAAAUUUAGAAGAAGCCAAAAGGUUAAUGAAAAUGCGUAAGUUUCUAGAUGAGGAGCAAAAGAGGAUGAAUCAAGAAGCUGCUCUGCUUUUAGAAUUUCAAGCUAAUGUAAGGCCUAGCAUGAGUCAGGUGUACUCUAAUAUACCUGGUCCUGAACUCGAAUUUGCCUGUGUUUCAAAUGUAGGACAUUCCCAUGAAAUGGUUGUUCAAAGUAAUGAUAAUAUUAAUCAUGCCUUACCUGAAGGACAUGAUGAUGGCAAUCAUGAACAUGAAAGUAUUAAUAUUGUCCCGCCUGAAGAAGAUACUGUAAUACAAGAUAGUAAAACUCAUUACACAAAUAAUGAAUUACUAACAGUGUUGAAUGAUACAAAAGACGAUGAAGCGAAUGAAGUUAUGAGUUAUGAGGAAGCAAUUGAUAAUAUCAAUGAAACAGAUACAAAAUCAGUUGAUAUCGUAAUAGAAUCUAAUAAAAUAACAGAUCAACAAAUUGAAAUUAAUACUGAAACAUCUGAUAAAAUUUUAAAAAAUAUAGAGAAUAACAGUGAUGGAAGUAUUGACGAUAUCUCUAAUAUAUCGGUUAGUGAAGAACCACUAGAAACAGUUAUAAAUGUGUCUAAUAGAGCUAUUGUGCUAAUGGAAAUGACAGAAACGGAUAUUGAAAAUAAUGAAAUACUGACUAAAGAGAUCGAACAACCAAAAAAAUAUAAUAAAAAACAAUCAAGUGUACUCCAAGUUACUGGUAUCACGGAAAUAAGCGAGGAGACACCUAAUAAUGAUAUUGCAGAAACACAAAAAACUGUCAACUGUAAUAUAAAUGAUACGAUAGCUAAAAAUGAAAAAAUGGACGAAAAAACUGAAGUUCAAAAUGAAGAAGAGUCGCUAAUAAAUGGUGAAUAUAAACUCCAUUAUUUUGGAGAACGCGAGAAGUACAACGCCGAGUUGGAAAGAGCGCAAUUCAACAACUUUUUCAAGGAAUACAACAAAAAAACUGCACUUAACGAUAAACUGUAUUUAGUCAAUUGCGAUUCGUACGAAGAAAAUAUAAUACGCGAGGUCUCCAAAGAUUUGGGUGGCUAUGAAAUCAUAAGUUACCAUAGAAACGGGCAUUUAACGCUGCCCAAAAACAAAAAUGUGAUCAAAAAUGUGAACAUUUCAACAGAAAUUUCACUGCCCCUAGAGACAGAUUACGGUGGCGCGUAUUAUGAUGAAAACGAACCGGCAAAUAAUGUAUUCAGUCCUGAAAAAUCGGAAUGCUCAUUCGAACUUACCACCGAUUACGAUUCAAAAUUACAGGAAAUGGUCAGCAAAACAUCUCGCCAGGAAAUAAUGGAAAUCAUACUCGGCAACGUGGUAGAUACGUCGCCGAGUAAAAUGCCUCAGAUCGACUACGUCACCGAGUCGAAAAUCGAUAGUGAUUACGAAAUUAAUUUGAAGAGGAAAAUCAGUGAAAUUGGCGAUGAAACCACUGCAAAUGUAAAUAACAACAGGCCAGUGUUGACGCCUAAUAAAAUUAGGAAGCUGAGCACGGAUCAGAUCACGUCUACAACGCAGGAAAAUGAAGAAACUCCUGCAAACAAAACUCUUAUCACUCGAUCGAAAUAUCUUGGCAGAGCGAGAAGAGUUGGACUGCCUCGGCCAAAGAGAACUGCUCUGCCAAGCAGUCCAUCAAGCGACAAAUCCGUGGAGAACUACGAGGAGAACGCCCUCGCGACACCCGCCACUCCAAACGGGAAGGUUACACGCAGCAAGGUGCAGCGAUACGACACCUCCGACCUCUACAAACCCAAGUUGCACUAUCUGUCAAGAAGGAAUCACGUAACUUGAGGACUUCCAUGAAGAUAAGCUAGAAAUUAUAUCGAUAUUAAGAUUUAAGUCCUUGUAUAUUGCACUGACCUUCGAUCAAAUAUGUACUAGAUGUGGGAUCCCAUGAAGAAGAAAAAGUGUUUGCAUUUUCACUGAUGAUUAGUUAUCUGUAGUCUUAGUAAAAAUAUUGUCAUCUCGCAAUAGCAGAGUCGUUUUCGGUUAUAAAAUAGACCUUAAUUUCAUUAUACUAAAGCUCAAAUUUGCCUACACUCCUUCAGCUAGGGAUUUUAGUAGAACGUUUGGUAAAACAAAAGUCCACCUCCGAGUAAUAUAUCAAAUUUAGGGUAGGCUGUACUUUUGUGUAUGUACGAAGUGCACGCCACUUAUCGAAGACAUAUAAUACUAGAAGAAAAAGUGUUUGUAUUUUCACUGAUGAUUAGUUAUCUGUAGUCUUAGUACAAAAUUUGUUAGAUCGCAAUAGCAGAGUCGUUUUCGAGUAUAUAUAGACCUUGUUUGUAUUAUACUAAAGCUCAAAUUAGCCUACAAUUCUUCGGCUAGGAAUUUUAGAAGAACGUUUGGUAAAACGAAAGUCCUCCUCCUUUACGAGUAAUAAAUCAAAUUUAGGGUAAGCAGUGCUUUUGUGCAUGUACGAAGUGCACGCCACUGAUCGAAUACAUACAGUAUAAGAUCAAAGAAAAUAUUGCAUAGAAUCUUACGUUCCAUUGCGUAAGUCUAUAUAAAGUCUAUAAUAUACAGUGAACUUGUAAGUUUGAAUUAAUAUAAUACGCGACUAUGGAUAUAACCGUUAUAAAGGCAGAUCUAGUAUAUUAUUGAUCGAAGACAAAGAGUACACAAUCAAAGUAAAUAUUGCAUAGAAUCUUACGUAUCUUUGCGUAAGUCUAUAUAAAAUUUAUAAAAUACAGUAAAAUUGUAAGUUUGAAUUGCUAUAAUACGCGGCUAUAAAUAACAUCUUAAUAUAUAAAACUGACGAUCCGCCUCUGCUUUGCACGGAAAGUAAGUUUAGAAAUUUCAACCCCCAAUUAAAUAGGGGGUGAAAGUUGUAUAAAAUUCGUAAUUCUUCAAGUUAUAUCCAUUAAACGUUGUUUUGGCUUGCUGUCAAAAAAAAAAUUAAAAAUUCUACCCAAUAGGGGAUGAAAAGUUUAAUUUUAAGAACGCAUUGUGCUGCGAAACUAGUAGUCCGAUUCAAAAAAAAAUCCAAUUCGUGAGCCAGGUAGGCGGUUGAGGCGACGCGGUGGGUCGGGGUAUAUUAUGUUGAAAAGCGGAACAAAGUUUGCAUUGGAAACUUACCGUAAAUUAUAAAGUCAAUCAAAGAUUGGUCGCGGAUUAUGGCAAAACUUUAAACUUUGCGAUAGUAUAAUAAUUGAAAUACUAGUAUUAAUUAUUAUAGAAAAUUAAUAUAGUCUAUUGAGAUCUUCCCUUAUUGCACAUAACGGUAAUUUAAGAAUCUGGCACACUUAUACACCUGGCUGGUGAGGCCACGUAACGCGACGCGUGUUGAGUCAACUCAAAUUUAGUUCGUUCUAUGACUAAACGCACUACAGACACAUGGUGUCUCUAUUCAUAGGAAAUAUUGUAAAGUUUUUAUUGACUCAAAACACGUCGCGUCGGGCGUUAUAAGUGCGUUUACGCCUUAAAUGUAACGUAUUAAAGUUUUCGCCCACUACACUGAGGUGAGAUUCGUUUAGCCCAUUUCUUUUUAGCCUUACCUUAUUUCUUCUUACCUGUCUUAAAGUGUUUUAAUCUAAGACAAAAUAUUUUUAAAAAGAAGCACAGACACUCAAAUUUUUAUAAGUUGUAGAAUUCUUGUUUCCGACACAAGCUCGUCCGGGGAAGUAGUACUACGGUAAAUUUUUAUUUCAUUUACGGCAAGAAUAACUACUCGUGACGUUUUUGAGCAUUGUUGCAUAAACUAGUCAAAAAAAAAAAAAAAAGCAUUGUGGCAGUCACAAAACGCAUUAAUAAACGAUAAGUAACACUUUCUUCAGUGAAGAAUAUUUUCUUGAAUGUAGAACAUUUUUUCUUGCUCCAAAACAACUUAAGUCUUUCUGAAUAGUUCUUUCAUUGAUAAUUAAAUUUUUCUUUGAGUAUAAGAUCCAUUAAUUUCACAAAAAUCAUUAAGACAUUUCGUAAAAUCCGGUCUUAGCUGUCCUCUACUCGGCGAAAGGAAUAUUCCUACCAAAUUUCAAGUCUCUACGCCUUAUAGUUCCAGAUAUAUCUUGAUGAGUCAAUAUAUAGGUGGAAAUCUUGUAUAUAUA